CGAUCGAGCCAGCAGCCCAGCACCGAGCAGACGCCAGAGCCCGGACAGAACUUUCAGCUCACCCAUCAGCCGUGUCACCUGAUCGCUUCUGGAAGGCCGACCGCGUCGGGCAUGGCGACGAGCCCGCCGGCAGAGGGGAAGCCGUGGGCGCUGGCGGCGCACCCGCGGCUGGCCAAGGGGACGGUGGUGGGCGUGGUGGUGCUGGACGGCUGGGGCGAGGCGCCGCCCGACCCCUUCAACUGCAUCCACGCCGCCGACACGCCCACGCUCGACGCCCUCAAGAAGGCAGCUCCGGCGAGGUGGAGGCUCAUCAAGGCGCACGGCACGGCGGUGGGCCUGCCGACGGAUGACGACAUGGGCAAUAGCGAGGUCGGCCACAACGCGCUCGGGGCGGGCCAGAUAUACGCCCAGGGGGCGAAGCUGGUGGAUCUGGCGCUCGCCUCCGGGAAGAUAUACGACGGGGAGGGCUUCAAGUACAUCCGGCAGUCCUUCGACGACGGCACCCUGCACCUCAUCGGCCUGCUCAGCGACGGCGGCGUGCACUCGAGGUUCGACCAGCUGCAGCUGCUCCUGAAAGGGGCCAGCGAGCACGGGGCGAAGAGGAUACGCGUCCACGUCCUCACGGAUGGCCGCGACGUGCUGGACGGCAGCAGCGUCAGGUUCGUGGAGAUGCUGGAGGAGGACCUCGGGAGGCUGCGGGACAAGGGCGUUGACGCGAGGGUCGCGUCUGGCGGAGGUAGGAUGUACGUCACAAUGGAUCGUUACGAGAAUGACUGGCAGGUCGUGAAGCGGGGCUGGGAUGCGCAUGUCCUUGGCGAAGCCCCGCACAAGUUCAAGAACGCUCUUGAGGCUGUGAAAAAGCUCAGGGAGGAUCCAAAGGCCAACGACCAGUAUCUACCCCCCUUCGUUAUAGUUGAUGAAAACGGAAAACCUGUCGGCCCGAUACAGGACGGAGAUGCUGUCGUGACGUUCAAUUUCAGAGCUGACCGGAUGGUGAUGCUUGCAAAGGCAUUGGAGUAUGAGGACUUUGGCAAAUUUGAUCGAGUUAGGGUCCCCAAGAUACGUUAUGCUGGUAUGCUUCAGUACGACGGUGAGCUAAAACUUCCGAGCCAUUACCUUGUUGCUCCCCCAGAGAUAGAGAGGACAUCUGGAGAAUACUUAGCCCGUAAUGGCGUUCGCACCUACGCUUGCAGUGAGACAGUCAAGUUUGGUCAUGUCACCUUUUUCUGGAAUGGAAAUCGAUCUGGUUACUUCAACCCAAGUUUGGAGAAAUAUGAAGAAAUUCCUAGCGACAUCGGCAUCCCCUUCAAUGUUCAGCCGAAAAUGAAGGCCUUGGAAAUUGCACACAAGGCAAGGGAUGCCAUCCUGAGCCGAAAAUUUGAUCAGGUGAGGGUCAACAUUGCAAAUGGAGAUAUGGUUGGCCAUACAGGAGACAUUGAGGCAACUAUAGUUGGAUGCAAGGCAGCCGAUGAGGCUGUUAAGAUCAUCCUCGAUGCAAUUGAGCAAGUGGGUGGCAUCUUCGUACUCACCGCCGACCAUGGCAACGCCGAGGACAUGGCGAAGAGAGAUAAAUCUGGAAAACCACUCCUUGACAAGGACGGGAAGGUCCAGACCCUUACUUCACACACGCUGAAUCCGGUUCCAAUCGCCAUAGGAGGACCUGGGCUUGCCCCUGGGGUCAGGUUCCGGACGGACCUCCCAAACGCCGGCCUCGCUAAUGUUGCGGCGACCGUCAUGAACCUUCAUGGAUUCCAGGCCCCUGAUCACUAUGAGCCAACACUCAUCGAGGUCGUCGAUAAGUGAUGGUCCCAGUCUUUUGCAGCUAUAGCUCUCCCAGUCUCAAUAAUUCAUCUGCCGUCGCUUGCGAGUGGUUCAAGCGUCAGUCUGUCCCUCUGAUUCAUGUAUAGUUGACAGUCUGUUGAGAGAUGUAUCAUGUAUGCGCUAACUGUUUCGAUCGACAAUAAAAUUUGCUACACGAGAAGUAGUUGUUCCAAAU